AUGGCGGAGAGUCUCUUACAACCAGUAGGAGAAAAGACUCUAGAAGAAGUUGGUGACGAAUAUUUUGAUGAAUUAUUUGUGAGGUCAUUUUUCCAACCUCAUAGUACUAAUGACAAGACAUUUGUGAUGCAUGAUCUUGUACAUGAUUUGGCAAUGAUCUAUGCUGGAGAAUUCUGUUUUAGAGCAGAAGAGCAUGAAAAUGCUGUUGAGAUUGAUAUUAAAGCUCGUCAUUUAUCACAUAAUGCUACAGGCAAUUAUCCAAUCUCAAAACUUCUAGGAGUUUGUGAUAGAGUAGAACAUACAAGGACAUUUCUUGAAAUCAAUUUGUCACCAAAUAUCCCAUUUGACAUGGAAAACACACCUUGUAUCUUGUUGUCAAAAUUGAAGCGCCUUAGAGCUUUGUCAUUCAAAUGCUUUCCUCUUGAAUCACUUCCUGAUUCAAUAGGUGAGUUGAUUCAUCUGCGUUACUUGGAUCUCUCUGGAACCUACAUUGUGACAUUGCCCGAGUCUUUGGGUAAUCUUUACAAUUUGCAGACCUUGAAGCUGAUUGGAUGUGAAAAAUUGAAAAUGCUUCCGGAUGGCAUGCAAAAUCUUGUAAAUUUAAGGCAUCUUGAUAUUAGAGCAACUUGUUUGCGCGAGAUGCCGAAAGGCAUGAGCAAAUUGAAAAGUUUGCAGUUUUUAAGCGACUUUGUUGUUGGGAAGCAUGAAGAGAACAAGAUCAAAGAAUUGGGAGCACUUGCGAAUCUGCGCAAAUCAAUUUCCAUUGACAAAUUGGAGAACGUGGUCGACAGCAGUGAAGCUUGGGAGGCAAGAAUGUUCGAUAAGGAUGGCAUUGACUCUUUGAAGUUGAUUUGGUCAUCAAAUAAAAGUAGGGAUGGAGUUUUUGCUUUUGGUGUCAAAAAGAAGGAUGCAGCUGAUUCCCAAAUUGAAAGAGAUAUACUUGACAAGUUACAACCUCACAGUAAUUUGAAAGAAGUAGAGAUCAGUGGUUACAGAGGCACAACAUUUCCAGAUUGGUUGGGAAAUUCUUCCUACCACAACAUCACCACACUAACCCUGCAACAUUGCAAGAAAUGUUCUGUGCUUCCUUCAUUUGGACAAUUGCCUUCUUUGAAGCACCUUACAAUUUCAGAUUUUAAAAGUCUGAAAACUGUGGGUGCUGAGUUUUACAAGGGUGGAUCUUGUUUGGAGACACCAUUUCCAGUUCUUGAAACUUACAUUUUGCUCAAUUAG